UUGCUUUUGAAUUGUUUAACUUGGGUCAAACAUUUUGGGUUUGUAAGCCUCCUUGCUCACACAUGCUUUUUCAGUUCUGCCCACAAAUUUUCUAUCAGAUUGAGGUCAAAAAAUGAUGUCAAGUCUGGUUCAUCCUUGGGAGCAAUUUCCAAACGCCUGAAGGUACCUCGUUCAUCUGUACAAACAAUAGUAUGCAAGUAUAAACACCAUGGGACCAUGCAGCCGUCAUACCGCUCAGGAAGGAGACACAUUUUGUCUCCUAGAGAUGAACGUACUUUGGUGCGAAAAGUGCAAAUCAUUCCCAGAACAACAGCAAAGGACCUUGUGAAGAUGCUGGAGAAAACAGGUAGACAAAUAUCUAUGUCCACAGUAAAACGGAUCCUAUAUCAACAUAGCCUGAAAGGCUGCUCAGCAAGGAAGAAACCACUGCUCCAAAACCGCCAGAAAAAAGCCAGACUACAGUUUGCAAGUGCACAUGGGCACAAAGAUCUUACUUUUUGGAGAAAUGUCCUCCGGUCUGAUGAAACAAAAAUUGAACUGUUUGGCCAUAAUGACCAUCGUUAUGUUUGGAGGAAAAAGGGUGAGGCUUGCAAGCCAAAGAACACCAUCCCAACUGUGAAGCAAGGGGGUAGCAACUUUGCUGCAGAAGGGACUGGUGCACUUCACAAAAUGGAUGGCAUCAUGAGGAAGGAAUAUUAUGUGGAUAUAUUGAAGCAACAUCUCAAGACAUCAGCCAGGAAGUUAAAGCUCUGUCGCAAAUGGGUCUUCCAAAUGGUCAAUGACCCCAAGCAUACCUCCAAAAUUGUGGCAAAAUUGCUUAAGGAUACCCCUCCUCAUCUGCAUCAUGCAGCUGAAGUUAAUCUUACACACCACCUGAAAAAGUUGGGAAAGGAAGGAAAACUGAGCCACGAUAAUGAAAUCCAGAAGUGGAAAAGUAACUUGUAAUGGAAAAGUCCUUUUUAAAUGGACAAAAAGGAAGCCUCUUCUUCAGAUACAUUUGCUAUUUUUUUUAAGAUUUGGUUUCUGAAGUACUGGUUUGCUGGGUUUGUUACCUAAAAUGUGAAAAUAAAUAUACAGGAGUGGAAUAUCCACAGGGAUUCUUCUGACAAUCUGUUGGAACAAUGGAGAAAUUAUGAGCACUAUUCUGAUAGUAUAUAUCAAAAUUUCUGUAAAAUUUUAUCAAGAAAGCACCCCAGGAAAUUGUACCCUCAUGAUAUUAUAAUGAAUCAAAAUGAUAAUUCGCGUAAUAGUUUGCAUGUAUUUUUUCUAGAUCACUGAUCUCUGUUAAUUUACAAGAGAAUAUUCAUUGAGCAGUGGCAUACAAUAAACAUAUUAUGUAUAAUGUAUUAAACGUUCUAUCUGUUGCCAUGAUAAAUCUAUAUGUAACAUAAAAUCUGGAUUAUAUUUCUUUUAAGGAAACAGAAUGUUUUUGCUAUUUGUUGAAAGGUCAAGAACCAUUGGGCAAAAACAUCUUUUCUCUUCUGUUGUGCCCUGGUUUGGUGCACAUAUCUUUAAAAGAUAACCUGGUUGCUUUGCAGAAAAAAAAACUAUCUCUUUAUGAGCAGUGUACGAGGAAUACAUAUGCAGGGACAAGAUCAGACCAGAAGUAUGACUGUGGACUGGCAUAGCCCUACAUAGCCCUGCUCAGUGUUCAGUACCAUCAUCUUUUCACUACUAAUCAACAAGCUUUAAAAACCAAGUCACUGUACCUUUCUCUGCAACAUAAUCCUUAAUUUCCUCGUUUGGAGAGCACAGUCAGUGCAGAUCGGAAAUAACAUCUCCUCCUUACUGACAGUCAACACAGAUGCACCUAAAGGAUGCGUGCUUAGCCCAUUACUCUACUCUCUCUACAGUCUUGACUGUAUGGCUAGACACAACUCAAACGCCAUCAAUUACUAUUGAAUCUAUAAUUAUACAUCUACAAACACAGCAGAUCUGCAGGAUUUAAUCAUUGUUUACAAUUGGUAAUUGAUUUAUUAUGAUCACAUGUACAGUGUCACAAGGUUUAUUAUUGUCACAUCUAUGGUGAUACGACAUGUACGAACGUGAUUGGAGAGAGUUCUGAGCGUGCGCAGGGAUGAUAGAAAGAUCGAGAGACAUGGUAUUGUAAAAACAUUGUGGUUGUUGUUAAAUAAAACUUUUAUUUCUUCCAGAAGAUGGAUCUUUAUUAGUAACCCAAGGUACAUAUGAAUAUAAAGAACACAACAACAAGGUACAGUGAAAAGCUUUGAUUUGAAUAGCAUCCAAGCAGAGUAGGUACUAAAUACAAUUCAAACAAUUUUUUUUAUUUCCUACCUUAAAAAAUUCAAUAAUUCAAAACUUACCAGGGAAUGUUUUACCUU